GUUACAACGCCGAAGUUUACUGUAUUCCCUUCGACGUACGCGGCGGCGGGACACCGAGCUGCCCCCGAGACGACAAUGAAUCGGGAAGCUCCAAGCAGUGGCUACGAGAACAACUUCAAUGACAAUGGCUACAAUGGCAGUGUAGAUGGAAGGUUAUAUGGGUACCCUAAUGGGGCCACAACGCAGUUCAAUCACAUGUACGUGUAUGGCCAAGACGUGAUCCCGACGCCAUCGACCAUGGCGGUGCCACGAGCAUACUACGUCGACCAGAACGAAAUGUACAUCCACGAAGGCCAACAAGGUGACUACACGACGAACAGCGGCAGCAGCCCCAACGAGCAGUUUCAACAAGAAAGCUAUGCCUACCAGCCCGAACGCUACCCCAGUCACUUGAGGCACACUGGCACUCGUGCGAGUCGCACGUCGUUCACGUACCCUGCCUUGACGGAGGCGGCUAUUGAAGCGCUGGCGGCAUCAUCUCAGUACGUGGCGAGCAGUAGCACCCGACACGACGGCCAGUAUCGGACCAACAACAACAGAUCGAACACUCGACCUCGGCAACAGCGCCGAAAGGUGCUACGCUUCCGCGACCAAAUGAUCGAAGAGUUUACGACCGAGACGUACUUCCAGACGCCGUCGCGGCCGGCCAUGUAUCCGUCCGGCGCAAGUUUCCGGUUGUAUCACCCCGAGGAACUGCCGUGUCCGGUGCUGGACCAGCUGCCGCGGUCGGACGCGGUGACCAAGCACUUGCGGAACUGCAUGUUGAUCUCGGGGGAGUUGGGCGUGACGACUCGAUGGACGCUUAUGCCGUCGACCAAGUUCACCGUGUGCGAAUUGUACCCCAACGAAAUGCUCAUUUGCCGCGAAAAGACAAAGAACAAAGUCCACGAACCCGUGGCGUUGACAGGCAUUAUGGUCGAAAUCUUGUCGCCAGUGUCCAUGAGUUUGCGAGUGGCGCACACGCAGAAGGAAAUGGUUCGACUGUCGGUGCGCGAAGGCCAGGAGAUGUUGCUGCAAGAGUGGUAUUGGAUGCUGCAUGUGGCCAUGGCGAUGAAAGUCGACGUAGCCGACGCGAGCGGCGGCGGCAUCGGGGCUAGCGCGGCCAAGAAGAAGGAAAGCAAGACGCGCAGUGUGUGGGUCGUAAGGUCCAUCGACGAAGACAACGAGCCGUCGUACUCGAACAAGGCGGCGCGGUACAUCUCGACGGCGCUCGCCGGUGCCGAAGUCCAAGUGCUGCACAACGGCGACGUGGGCAGCCGCCUCUUGGCCGAACGGAUCAACGAGUACGUACACGGAAGGACGCUGCGUGAGAGUGUCUUCCUCGGCCGCCAUGUCCUCGGCGAAGACCAGAUUGCCAGCCGAGCCAUGCGACGCAAACUUGCGUACGAUUUGUUUGUCCAGCGCGGCCGCAUCAAGCGUCUGGUGCUGGUCGUGGAGGAGGAGCUGCUGGCAGCCAUGGUCGCGCGCGCACAGCCCCCGACCGACCAAGACGAAUUAGGCAACGGCUUUACCACGUCUAUGCUCGACAUGUGCAACGGCGUCGAGUUCGCAGUCGACAUGAAGACGGGCGACACUAAGAUUGUGGCGGCGUUUGGGUAGAACAUAUGCAGGAAAGCAAGUCGUUGGGCUACCUGUAGAGGGGACAACACUGAUAGCAAGACACUCGUUGUAACUACAGGUCGUUGCUUGUUGGUGCGGCUACAUAUCA